AUGAGACCUGUGCAAGGCAAGGUUGUUGGUUUUCGAACCAUUCCAGCUUCUUACGUGGCGCGAAAACAACUUGAUACGACGCACUGCAAGUCGUCAUCCUCAUCGCUCGACAAUGUUGACGACAUGUCGGCACUCCUUACCUCACGAUUACCUACGUCGGUUGACGAUCAAGUACGUCAGGCUGCGGAGAGUUUGAAGCGGGCUGCACGGGACGGCCAACGGCGUCACGCCAUUCGCUUGCUAUUACCAGUGAUUGGAGCCACUGAAUUGGAUGAUUGGCCCGGCGGGGCUCGGCAAAUGAUGCAGGCUGCGAAGCCCUUGGUUCAAAGUAUUUUGGCGACUGCCGUCAGCGACAAAGUUGUUGAUUUUCAAGAAAUUCUCUUGGACGAGAGUGAUGGGGUCUACGCUAUUUUGGGGCAGGUAACUGACGAUGCCAAAAAGGAUAUGUGUGCCGUACUCUUACCUUCAGGUGAUACUGUGUCAAUGUUGCAAAAACUGGAAUCCCAAGUUGGUGAUAAACGUGAUUUGUUGCUGGUGAAUCCGUACGGAUUCUUCGAAACUACCCCGGUCCCUGGAGAGUAUUUAUUCGCGAAGACGCGGAUGGGAAAAUUGACUGGACCGAAUUGGGCCAACGAGAAGUAG